GAAUGGGGAGAUGUACUACAAGUAGUAGCACUGUGGUGACGAGUUGACGAGUCACAGUGUGCGGACAUUUCCAGAAAGGUCGUCUAGGGUUUGAGGAACCAGCAACGAACGAACUGCCCAGGCCAUGGAUCAUCUGGCUAUGGCUAUGGCGCCUUAGGGUUUCAAGUAGCGCGAGGAGGAGGAAGAGGAAGAAGGAAGAAGGAGCGGUUGACGUGAGAGAAUGGAUAUUAAGAGGAGGUGAGUCAAGGUGGCGGGUUGCGUGAAUUUUUUUCUAGAGGAGCGAUGGGUUCUUUGGAGCAAAACGCGCCCGCUGGGCGGGGCAUGGGAGUUGAGACGGUGGCGGGGAUUUUGCGUGAGGAGAUUCCAAUUGCAAACAAUUUGACCCCAGGUGCGGCGGUCAUGGACGGUUCGCAGCAGCAAAAUAGUGGAGUGAAUCAUCAUCACGAGGUUUCGGUGAUGGCGGCAGCCGGGAACGGGUUGAAGAAGCGUGUGACGAUACCGCUGCCACUGGAAGUUGGCACGAGGGUUCUGUGUAGAUGGCGGGAUGGGAAAUUGCAUCCUGUUAAGGUUAUCGAACGUCGCAAGCUCAACUCGGGGCCUGAUGAUUAUCAGUAUUAUGUGCACUAUAACGAGUUCAAUAGGCGUCUGGACGAGUGGGUGAAAUUAGAUCAGCUUGAGCUCGAGUCUGUGGAAGCGGACGCAGAUGAAAAAGUUGAGGAUAAGGCUGGGGGGCUUAAGAUGACCCGCCAUCAGAAGCGUAAAAUCGAGGAGACGCAUGCUGAGGAGGGGCAUGAAGAUUUUGACGCCGCGAGUCUGAGAGAGCACGAAGAGUUUACAAAGGUCAAGAAUAUUAGUAAGAUUGAGCUUGGGAGAUAUGAGAUUGAUACGUGGUAUUUUUCCCCCUUUCCUCCCGAAUACAGUGAUUGCAGUAAACUCUUUUUCUGCGAGUUUUGCCUUUCAUUCGUGAAGCGAAAGGAGCAGCUGGCUAGGCACAUGAGGAAAUGCGACUUAAAGCACCCCCCCGGAGAUGAAAUUUAUCGACAGGGUUCUCUAUCCAUGUUUGAAGUUGAUGGGAAAAAAAACAAGAUUUACGGACAGAACCUAUGUUAUUUGGCAAAGUUAUUCCUCGAUCAUAAGACUUUGUAUUAUGAUGUCGAUUUGUUUCUGUUUUACAUUCUAUGCGAGUGCGAUGACCGGGGCUGCCACAUGGUGGGAUACUUUUCUAAAGAGAAGCAUUCCGAAGAAGGCUAUAAUCUGGCAUGUAUUCUAACUCUGCCUCCCUAUCAGCGGAAGGGCUAUGGUAAGUUUCUGAUUGCCUUCUCGUACGAAUUGUCGAAGAAAGAAGGCAAAGUGGGAACUCCCGAACGGCCUCUUUCAGAUCUUGGAUUGCUCAGCUAUCGGGGAUAUUGGACACGGAUUCUUCUGGAUAUUCUAAAGAAACAUCGAGGCAAUGUGUCCAUUAAGGAGCUUAGUGAUAUGACGGCGAUCAAAACCGAGGACGUCAUUACCACUCUCCAGACCCUUGAGCUUAUCCAGUAUCGGAAGGGCCAGCAUGUUAUCUGUGCCGACCCCAAGUUAUUGGAGCGACAUUUGAAAGCUGCAGGAAGAGGCGGUCUGGACGUGGAUGCCUCCAAAUUAAUCUGGACCCCUUACAAAGAGCAAGGAGGCUAAGAAACUUCGAUUUAUGCAUCCAAAUAGGGUGAAGGUGUAUGAUAUUCGUGACGCUAGGAGGAUUUAUUUCAAUGGUAGAAUCUUGCUGAGGUUUUGAGUCAACCACUUGAUUUUUGUUCAUCAUAAUAGGACGAAAAUUUCCAGGUUACGACAGUCCUAUGAUUUCCUCUGUAGUAAUUGUCAGUCUAGAGUUUUUGCGACCAUCGUCAUGUCGCUGGUAACAUUAUAAUAGAAAGCACGCAGUUUAAGGUUUUGUACAGGCAAUUCUCAGGUUGUAAAGGAUGUAACCGAUCCCCAUUGUUUUGAAAUAGCUCACUCAUCUCUUGAAAUCCUUUGAUUGGGUUA